AUGGCUACAGCUUCCCCGAUGAGCUGGUUGCCUCCAAGGGGAGUUCAUAAUAUUACUCUAGGCUCCUCUAUUCGUCGUUCACUCGCCAGCCCACGCGCAAACGCUGUCCAGGCGGCGCAGUCAUCCAGAAACGAGUUUGUCGCCAUGCGUUACAAUGUCAAGCCGCCCGGCGUUGUGAAUGCGACGGGGUCGCUUGCCCCUGCGGCAACAUACGCGCACAAGGACUCGUUCCAGAUGGAACUAAGCUCAGAGACGGGCGAGCAACACUCGUUCAGCGCGAGAUCCGAAACGAAAAAGGAGCUCGAUUGCGUCCUGUUCUAUGAUGCUUCUACCGGGACGCUGGUCCUUGAGCGGCUCGAUAGCCUCCUCGUGCUCACCCACCAACGCGCAGCCUCUGCAACCGGCCCACCGACGACUUUGACCACUGCGUCCGGUCUCAAGGGCGCUCCUAACGGUCUCCUACCCAACCGUGCGCAUCCCACGGCGUUCCCGCCUACCCCGCCUUCGACUUCGCCACCCGAGUAUGCUUCAUUGCCGGAAACUGGCCGCACAAAGGAGAGAGCACGUCCAGUGUCUUCCGCAGGCACCCCACGUGCUAUUCCUCUUGAUCCACCGUCCCCCGCCCAUGUCCGCGAAUCCAGUGGCGCCGACAACGAGCCGGCCCCUCUUGCCGCACCAGCCACUGGCCAAACUGCAACGAUCGCCAGCCGAAAGGUGCCUCAGAGUAUGUCCGAGUAUGCCCAAGAGCAGCGUCGACUCCAAGAGGCUCGUCAGCGCUCCAGUUCGGGUUUUGCUUCCGAUCCCAAUGAGGAAAAUCUCACGUUCGGGAAACCAGCCGGGGCAUCUGCGCCCCCGUCCUCUGGAAACGCCCUGCGCCUCUCGGACAUGCCAUUGCGGCGAGGCGACAAGCGCAAAUUCUCAGAUUCCGAACCAGACGAGGAAGAACUCGAGUUUGGGCGCCCGUCCAAGGAGAUUAAACGUGCAAAAACGGCCAGCCAAAGCCCGGCUUCUGUCACCUAUGGCACGCCACCUGCCCAAGUCUCGUACAGCGAUUCUGCACCCUCUCCAGCACGCGCAGCGCAUCUGCACCCAGUGUCGUUGCGCUCGUCUGCUGCUGCCGCCCAUAGCACAAACAUGGUCCACGGGUCCUCCCCACUCGUCAAAUCGCAUGCACUUGUCGAGGAAAGUGACUCGGACGACGAAGAGGAUGAGACGAGCGAUUCCGAUUCAGAGCCAGAGGCGCCUGCACCGACAUUCGCGCCAGCGAGUCAUAACGAAAUGGAGCUAGUCUCGGUUGAUCCAGACGGGGAGGAGGACGAUUUUUUGAUGGCGGCGUUUGACAAUGACGAUAACGCGGGAGGAGGAGCAGACAAUGGCUCUGAUGAUUCGAGUGACGAAAGUGACUACGACGAACGUUGA